CCCAGAGCCAGGUCCGCAGCUUCAGGCCUGGGGCAGGGCUCGGGUGUGAUGCGCGGGCUGCAGGAGCCCGUAGCGCAAGGCCCCCGAGCCGGCCUCCGCCCCCGGCAGCGGAACCAACGUUCCCGGCACGGGUUCUCCGCGGACCCCAUUACGCGCCGGGCCCGGCCGGAGCCUUGUCCCGCCCGCCCCUCGCAGCGUCAUUGCGGCUGCUGCAGAGAGCGGCGCGGAGCAUUGUGGGACCCAGACAUGGACCUUGAUGACCUGGAGGAGCAAGCAGCGGUGCUGCAAGGAAGGCCUGUUGGUGGCUGGGGCCUGGUGCAGCUCGCAGCCGGCACAGGCUUUGCUGCCUAUGUUAUGUGGGCAGGAGUCCUCAUGCCCGGCUUCCGCAAGGUUCCUUUAAAGCUACAGGUGCCAUAUUUGCCAUCAAGUGCCCAGCAAGUUGCCAAUACGAUGUCACUGCUGAAAGGACGCUCCGGAAAGAUGGUGGAUCUAGGGUCCGGCGACGGCCGACUUGUACUAGAGGCCUAUAAACAAGGUUUCCAACCAGCUGUCGGUUAUGAACUCAACCCCUGGCUAUUGGGACUAUCCAAGUAUCGGGCCUGGAGGGCUGGGUAUUACGGGAAGGUUUCCUACCAACGGGAAGAUCUAUGGAAGGUGAACCUGUCUGACUGCUACAAUGUGACAGUGUUCCUGGCUCCCAGUGUGCAACCAAUCCUCGCAACCAAGCUGCUUGCAGAACUCCCAGACGAGGCCUGUGUGGUGGCUGGACGCUUCCCCUUUGCUGCCUGGACACCAACCAGCAUUGUUGGGGAGGGGCUGAACAGAAUUUGGGCUUAUGACAUGAAGAGUGUGCGGCAGGCACAGCAGAACAACCCUGAGGGAGCCAAGCAUAAGAACCAGAGCUAAUGCAGAGCCUGGAUGCCAUAGAACAAAGGAUCAGGAGGCUGUAGGAGUGAAAGUGCUACUUUGGCCUGCUGGUACUACUGUCUCACGGAAGCCCUGUGAUGGAUAUAUGCUGAAUAGGGCCAUGUGUGCACAUAGGAAUUUGUCACACACUAACCAGGGAGUGGGGGACUGCUUUCCCUCUUACCAGAAUCGUGAGACUCAGUCUGGAAAUCCCUGAAGAACUGUCACAGGAUCCAUGGUGAUCAUUGUUUGAUUUCUGGUUUGAAUAACUAAUUUGUUUUGUUAUUUUAUUUGUAAUUUGCUUUGUAACAAUAAAAGUCCUGGUGCCACUUGCUCUGUCACCUCCAUUCUGACUUCUGCUGGAGGCUGCUUCAUCCACACCACAAUCAGAGCAGUUCCCAGCAAGGCGGUCUCCGCUCCUGCCUCAGGCUGUACUGGGAAUUCCCUUUGGGUGAGGCUCAAGGAUGCAGUUCUUCCAGCUCUGGCUCUUCUUCUGAUAAUGGAUUCCCUCUAGGUUCUUCUCAUGCUAAUCACCACUAUAGACCAGUCACUCUCCACAGGGGCCACCAUGCAUGAAUGCAAAGGAAUUCAGUCUCCUCACUGCACAAAAAAAUCUGAGCUCCUUGGCUGAGUCUAACCCUUCUAAGCCCAAAAUCUAGUAAGAAUCCUGCCUUUCCCUCAAGUUGAGAAAAGGUCCCUGUAUCAGUGGGGUCUCAGAGGAAUGGAGUAGUAUUACAGCACCCUGCUGCAUUGCUAAAGCAAGGGAAAGCAAACCUCUAACUCCAGGGCAGAAUGAAGGGUUUGCUUUUCAGCCCUAUCUUCUGCCCCAGUCCAAAGGAACAGCACCAGUGCUUUUCUGGUGCUCAGCACUCCCACAAGUAGCUAAUGCUUGUGGGUUGGUAAAGGGAGAGAAGUGGGACAGAACGAAGCACGGAGGGAGUAAACACAUAGAGCUUCAAUAUGAUUUUAGUCGUCUCAAUUCAGUUUCCUUCUCAGCAAAUCCUAGCCCUACCCAAGAGGUCCCCACAAGGAAGACCAUAAGUCCAAGCACAUUACCUCUGGAUGUAGCCCCACAAACAAGACCAACAGAAAGGCACUGUUUAAAAUCCUUGUCUCGCCUGUGAAAACCUAAUGGCCCCUGUCUUGCAGAGCCCCAGCAAACAGCUACAGUUCAUGGCUGAUGGUCUUUUGGGGUCUCUGCAUUAAAGGAACAUCAGAAGCCCCAG